AUGCCGUCCAUUUUGAGCGACGACGAUAAGGAGACCGUCAAGCGCUUCGUCCCCAAGCAGACCAACAAGAUUCAAGCCGUGGCCGUUGCCAGGCUAUACGUUGCAUACCCCAACCCCGCGAGAUGGACAAACACGGGAAUUCAGGGCGCCAUCGUCCUGUCAAAUGAUCUCGUCGGCAACACAUACUGGCUAAAGAUGGUGGAUAUCUCAUCUGGAAACCGCGGUGUUAUCUGGGAUCAGGAGAUAUUCGAUACGUGGAGCUACAACCAAGAUCGCACUUAUUUCCACAGCUUCGAGAUUGAGGAAUGCCUCGCUGGUCUUUCUUUCACCGACGAAAAGGAAGCGAAGCAAUUCAAAAAGAAAAUGGACGAUAGAGAAAAGAACGCGAGCAGAGCCACAAGAUCGACCCCAUUUGGAGGAGCUUCCCAGGCUGCCGCACACAAACAUGGUCUUCUGGGAGGUCUUUUCGGCGGCCGACAUGCUGCAUCACCUACUCCUCCCGACUCCCCGCGGUCGAACUUGCCACACGGCCGCAUGCUUUCUCUGAAUGGGCACAAAUCCUCCGAAUUUGCUGUUCUCGAUGCCUUCGACCCUCAGUGGCGGGAAAAUUUUGGUCAAGAUCUCCGAGACAAGGGACUGACGGAUGAGUUCAUUAAGGAGAACCAAGAGUUCAUUGUCGAGUUCUUGAAGGAGGAACAAGAGAAAUUAAUGGCUGGCUCCCGGAGUCAUGCUCCUCCUCCCCCCCCUCCGCCAGCUCCUCAUACAAAUGGAAUUGAACUUCGAAACGGACGAGCUCCUCCACCUCCUCCUCCAGGAGGGAGUCACUCGGACGGACCACGCUUACCACCGCCUCCGCCCGCACCCAGGCGCGGCGCCGCACCUGCUCCCCCGCCUGCUAGGAGGUCUGGAAAAGCAGACACGCCUGCUGUCAACAGAGAACCCACACCCCCGAGCGAGCCUCCAGCGCCAGAAGCAUCGAGGAGUCGAUUCGCGGUACCGCCUCCUCUACCAGAUGCUGGUAAACUCGCACACGCUUUAGGAGGUUCGGUCAACGCCAUCCGUGGGCAAGCAAACCCUGGGCCCCCUCCUCCACCGCGACCGCCCAAAACGCCAAUGCAGGAGGAGGAACGGCCUGCUGGUCACAAAUUUGGUGUACCGCCCGCCUUUCCCGGGGCUAGGCAGGGCCCACCGCCUCCGAACCGAGGACCUGUUCCGCCGCCGCCGCCCCCACGUUCGGAUGGCCCGCCACUCCCCCCGAAAGCUCCGGCAUCCGAGGCACCGCCGUUGCCGCCUCCGUCUUCACGGCCUGUGCCACCACCUCCAGCGAUUGGCAGUCCUCCACCACCUCCUCCUCUACCCGCGUCACACGCUCCUCCGCCGCCACCUCUACCCACCUCGCCGCCACCUCUCCCAACAUCGAAUGCUCCUCCACCCCCGCCAUUGCCCUCAUCCAAUGCACCUCCGGCACCUCCUCUGCCUCCGUUGAACAAUGCGCCACCUGCGCCGCCUCUGCCGCCCCCUGGAGCAGGAGCACUUCCCCCCCCGCCGCCACCUCCGCCACCAGCAGGCUUGGGCGGACCUCCCCUGCCACCCCCUAUGCCGAAUCGAGACUCUGGGUACUCUUCUGGCGUGCCCGUUCCUGCACCGGAUUCUUCGCGCUCGGCAGUUUUGGGAGAUAUCCAAAAGGCUGGUGGUAUCAGAGCGCUGAAGAAGGUAGAUCGGAGUCAGAUCCGCGACAGAAGCGGUGCUACAGUUGGUGGCGGUAGUGAUAGUGGCCCGCAUGGAAGCGGCCUGCCUCCAGCGGGUGUCGCACCUGGUGGCGGUGGUGACAUGGCCAAUGCUCUCGCCGCUGCCCUCCAGAAGAGAAAGGAGAAAGUCAGCAGAAGUGAUGACGAGAGGAGCGACAACGACGACUGGUGA